GCUCUCCUUUCAGAGUAAUGAAGUCUUUUCCUCCUCCUCUUUCUCUCCUCCUCUUUCCCUUGUUUUGUUUUCCUCUUCUACUUGCGCUACUGUUUUACCUUGCGUUUCUCAGCCAACCAUGCAUUUCUUACACUUUUCUCUCCCCGCCACCCUUACUCAGCUCUUCGUUCUGUCUUGGAAAACACACCUACUGCCUAAUGCUGCCUACGUUCUACUACAAGCCAUAUGACAUCCCUCUCUUUGCUACAGAACCAGACCUAACCUCAUUCUGUUCAUUAAGAAGCGAUAACUGCUUUCCCCAUCUCUGAUUGUUCGCCCAUCCACCUCAACCAGGUGCAACACCGUCGUUCUCCAGCCGCCUUCUCCAAAUUCGGUCUGUGUCUGUCUACCAGUACCCCUUCCUCUGCGUCCAAGUCGCUGAGAUGAUUCCGAUGUCCCCGACCCACUGUCAUACAUCUUUCCCCCUCGAUUAUACCCAUCUUAACGAGCCUUUCCAAGUCUUGAUCUGGCCGCA